UGCAUAACACGCAGCCAGUAGGUAGCCCAACUCUGAUUCAAUCAUCUCACUGAGCUGUGGUGCACGUGCAUGUGUGUAACGAGGGGGUGUGUAUGUGUCUCUCUCUGUGUCUCUCCACGCCCCCCAUCUUUCAUCCCAGUGCUCCCAUAGGUUCGAUGCAAAGCACACACCAAAAUGCCCAGCAAGAGGAAGAAGAACAAGCGCCGCAUGAGGAGGGUGCAAGCCCAGAGGAGAGCGCUUGAAGAGCAGCAUGCAGCCAACCCACCAGUCAAAGCGGGUCCAGGGAUUGCAGUGAGUGCGCCACCUGCAGCAGCCCCGAAGCAAGCGGCCAAAGCUCCGGCACCAAAGCCAGCUCCAGCUCCAGCUCCAGUAAAGAUCCCAGAGGUUAUUCCCAUUGCUGUCCCCAUUGUGGAGACCCCCAAAAUAGAGCCAGAACCAGUUGUAAAAGAACCAGAACCAGUUGUGAAAGAACCAGAACCAAUUGUGCAAGAACCAGAACCAGUUGUAGAAGAACCAGUUGUAGAAGAACCAGUUGCAGAGGAACCAGUUGUAGAAGAACCAGUUGUAGAAGAACCAGUUGCAGAGGAACCUGUCGCAGAGCCCGUCCCAGUCGAGGUAGCGGCACCAGAGCCUGAGGCUGUGGUGUUGGAACAGACUCCAGCUGAAGUUGAAGUUGAAGUCCCAGCCCCGGUCACUGAAGAAGCACCAGUCAUUGAGACUCCACCAGAGGAACCCGUCGUAGUAGAAGCUGCCAUAGUCCAGGAGGCUGAACCUAUCAUUCCCGAAACAGAACCAGUAACGGAGGUCAUACCUCCAGCUGAGGCUCCAGUAGCAGCCGCUGUUGAGACUGAGAUUGAGACAGAGGAGGCUAUAGUCAUAACCACAGAGACUGAACAGACGCACGAAGUCUGCGAGGAAGAGACUGAAGUGAAGGCGGAGGUCUUGCCAGAGGAAAUUACACUCGUUGAGGCUGAGGUGGAAAUCGCUGUCUGCACCAUACCAGAGCCUGUAACCGAAGAAACAGCCACAGAAGAAGUUUCUGCUGAAGCAGAACCCGCUGCUGAUGAAGCGAUUACAGAAACAGUGGUGGAGUCAGUGGUGGAGGCAGAGAUACCUGAGCCAGAGCAGCUGACUGAAGAUGUCACUCCUGAAGACGAUGAAGCUGAAAUAGAAGUGUUGGCUGAAGAAGACGCACCUGAAAUCCCAGCUGAGACCGUAACAGAGGAUGCUCCAGUGCAGUCUGUGGAAAUCCCAGAAAUCUCACAGGUACCAGAGGCCGUCGCUGAGGCUCUGGUUGAAGAGGUCGAAGCCCCCGUAACUGAAGUCCAAGAGGACGUAACCACCCAGGACAUCGCUGACAGUCUGAUGGACGACUUUGUUGUCACAGAGUCUGUCUCAGCAGUGGAGGUCGCUAUUGCUGAGUCUGCGGCUGUCCAGCCGGAAAUUUUGGAAGUGAGUGACACGCUCACCAUCCAAUCAGAACCCGUGGAUCUGGCGCCCGCUGAGCCUGAGCCUGCUGCUCCCCCUGCAGAGGAAAUGGUCAUUGACACCACUGCUGAGCAGACAUGUUUUGAAAUGCUGUCAGAAGAGCCUAAGGCAGAAAUUUGUGACAUGGCAUGUCAGAUGCAGCUCGCUGUGGAGUCUGCACAGCUCAGCUCAAUGGAGAUUUCAGUGGAGCCAUCGCUGAAUGGACACAUUGUUCCAGAGGUCUCCAUUGAGGGCUAGAUACACAUCACACAGCUUGGAAGACCUUUUUUGUCUUUAUUCCCCUUUGGCCAUUUGGAGGACUCAAAGCUUUACAGCUGACUGUGUUCAUUUUUUAGGGCUUACGCCAGGAAAUCGAAGGGAUAUCCACACUUUGAAGUGCCUUUCCGACCCUGGUUCCUGUCAAAACAUCAUACCAGAUGCCACCAAGCCAAAAUUCGCUGCAUUCAAGGCAGCAGGACAGACUGUUGUUAUAAGUGUUCAGGAAUGGAAACAUAUUGUGUCUCCUUUUUAAUCUGUAUUUUUCCCUCAAAACACGUAUAGUGAAUUUGCAUUAACAGUGGAAGCAGAAGUGCUUGAGAGAUGGAGAUUCCUAAAAUAAGAUAAAUGGCAGUGCCUGAUAUUUCUUACCAUUUCUACAGCACGUCUGCUUCCACACUACGUACACUCAAUGCAUGUGAAAACUGUCGAUGAAUGUGGCUAUAGUUGUACUUGGGCCUAUGUUCAUAAGGGUGGGAGGGACGACUUGUUUUCAAAAGGCUCUUUUUACCCUCAAAGAGACACAUCUACAAACUUCCCCCUAGCCUCCCCUUCUGUCCCCUUCUCUGUCAGUUCUUUUCUACACCUCAACUAAGUGCCAUUGCUAAGGUUAGUGUGAUGUUAAAACACAUCCUAAAGCUAGAGCUUUAGGCUUUAUGGCCACUGGAAAACGACAGUCUGAGGGGACGAGCUGAGAGGCCAUUUUCUGUUUCUUUUUUUUUUUUUCCUUCACUUUUUUAAUUCAUUUUGUAUAGACCAUAUGAUGUGCUACAGUUUUGUGUUCAAAGUCUGUUCUCUGGAGGGGCAAUGUAAUGUGAUUUGGUGAUGAGGAUCACUGUUUAUGAGCUGACUUGGUCCACCUUUGAAA